AUAGAAUCCAAGAAACAUCGUUUACUCUCCCAAAUCUAGAACCCCUCGGCAGUAUUAGAAGGAAGAAAAAGCAAGAAAAAAAAUGGCUGCUUUACACGAUAUUCCUUCAUCUAAGAGGUGGCUUCCUCUUGAAGCUAACCCUGAUGUUAUGAACCAGUUCCUUUGGGGUCUUGGUCUUCCAGAGGAUGAGACGGAGUGCUUUGAUGUUUAUGGCUUGGAUCCAGAACUCUUGGAAAUGGUUCCAAAGCCUGUACUUGCAGUUCUGUUUCUUUAUCCUAUAACAUCGCAGAGUGAAGAAGAGAGAAUUCUGCAGGCAAAUGAAAAGAAGGAAACUAGCAGUAAAGUGUAUUUUAUGAAACAAACUGUGGGUAAUGCUUGUGGAACAAUUGGACUUCUUCAUGCUGUUGGGAACAUCACAUCCAAGAUUAAGCUUCUCGAGGGAUCAUUCAUGGAUAGAUUUUUUAAAACCACUGCAACAAUGGAUCCGUUGGAGCGUGCAGCAUUUCUAGAGAAUGACACAGAAAUGGAAGUUGCGCAUUCAGUAGCUGCUACUGCUGGUGAAACAGAGGCUUCAGUUAAUGUGGACACUCAUUUCAUCUGCUUUGCAUGUGUUGAUGAUGAACUUUUUGAGCUUGAUGGAAGAAAAUCUAGACCAAUAUCUCAUGGCCCAUCCUCACCUAGCAGUUUGUUGCAGGAUGCAGCUAAAGUCAUACAGGACAUGAUCCGAAAAAAUCCUGACUCACACAAUUUCAAUGUUAUUGCCAUUUCGAAGAAAGCUGGAGGUUCAUCUUAAGAUGUACAAGAAACCUGCCAUGAGCUCAUGGUUCUGUUGCCAUGCUAAACAUGUUCAUUCCAGUUCCGUUGCCGAGAGAAUUUGGAAACUGAGUUAAUUUCAUGUGGUGCAAUCUAUCUCACGUGUUAUCGU